AUGGUCAAGCGUUUCUGCGGUAUACCUCGGAACACUAGAUCAUUCUCCAAAGCCAGCUGGAAAGCAUCGAAUAACUCCCUAACUUGUGUCAUGGGGAAUAGAAAACAUAAAGGCCAUCAUGGCCAGAAGCCCCCAAACGCAAACAAGAAGCCUCCAUUGACGCAUUUCCUCUGUUUCCCGCUUGUCAACGAGACGUCUGCUUCCCAGCUCGUCAAUUCUCUGGCGGAAUUCAAGUCUCGAAUUCCACUUGUAGCCUCGGAAGCGGUCGCCAAAGCAGAAGCGGCAGGGCACAAUGUGCGCGUACCCUUGGUUCCUGAUGAUGCCAUACGGCCCCUGGGGACGCUUCACUUGACACUGGGCGUGAUGAGUCUUACGACAGACGAAAGGCUAAAGGAAGCCUUGGAGUUCCUUAAAUCCCUGGACCUGAAUGCUAUGUUAAGGGAAGUAGAGGCUCAGACGGCAUCGACGCCUGAUGAGCAACCCGGAAAAAGUCCUAUCAUCGGGCAAGAGGAGCAUCCGCAGCCUCUAACUGUCUCCCUGACUUCGUUACAUGCUCUCCCAACAACUCGCUCGGCAACAAUGUUGCACGCCCACCCCUUUGACCCAACGUCUCGCCUCUACCCAUUCAGUGUGAAUUUGCGAAACAAGUUUAUUGAAGCGGGAUUUAUACAAAAUGACAUGAUCAAAGAUCCGAAAAUGAAAAGGAAAGGGCAACAGGAGCAGAAUAUGCCGCAGCAACAAACAGCUAGACAAAGAGUUUCGCAUGGGGACAGCGAUAGCGACGGGGGCGUCGAGUUGCCUGUUAUCCGCAACUCCAUGGCCACUGCUUUGAGUCAAGAAGGGCUUAUUCCAAGACCGCUGCUGCUCCACGCUACCAUAUCAAAUACCAUUUACGCGAAAAGUCGACGAUCCUUUUCAGCAUCCGGCAAAAAGCGAGCAUAUAAAUUUGAUGCGACAGAAUUACUCUCCAUGUUUGGGGAUAAUGCUUCGCCUAUCAACCAAUCUCAAGGCGGUAGCCCAAAAGAAAACGGCCAAAGUCUCCUGAGUAAAGCAAUUCCACGAGCGAUGGCGGCAGAAAUGCAAGAAGCUUCCAAGAAGCAACUGGAAGCUCAGGCACUCAUGUCAAAAGAGCCUUUUAUAUGGGCGAAAGACAUUCGGCUUGACCGCUUAUGUAUAUGUGAGAUGGGGGCCAAGCCUGUACAGCAUGAUGAGUCAAAAGAAGGCCCGAUCCUGGUUGAAGAAUAUACUGUCGUUGGGGAAAGGAGGCUAUAG